GUGAGGGAGACCGUGCGUGUGAGCCCCGUGGAUCGCCUCAACACAGUGAUGGCGGUGGAAAAGCUCUCAUAUUUUGGCUAAUUUCUCGCGCUGUGUCCCUCGUGCAGGCUCGGGGCGGCGGGGAAUUAUCGCCAAGGCCUUCCCGCACCUACUGGAUCAUCGCCGGCGCUGGGAAAUACCGGGAAAUAGGAGAAAUAAGCGAAGAUUUGAGACGGUCCCCCUCCCCGGCACUCCGAUACAUAUGUGGAGUUAAAAUCAACCAAGUUCUGAGUGGGUGUGGAGGUGAUGGCCGGUCAACCACUAAUUCAACCGCCUCUACCGCCGCUCCCACUAUCACCACACUACUCGCCAACCACUUAAACCCCCUACCCGACACCCCACAACGCCCACUACCAACACCCACCUACUACCAAAUCUACUACAGUUACUACUACUAUCCAAGAUGGCUGACAGGAUGGCACGCCGCAGGGUCAAGCUGUAUGCACUUAACGCCGACCGCCAGUGGGACGACAGAGGCACGGGACACGUCACAUCCUCCUAUGUGGAGAGACUGAAGGGCAUGUCUCUCCUGGUCCGAGCGGAGAGCGACGGAUCUCUCCUCCUUGAGUCCCGGAUCCAGGCAGACACGGCUUAUCAGAAACAGCAGGGCACCCUAAUCGUCUGGUCCGAGGGGGAGAACUUCGACCUUGCGCUGAGCUUCCAGGAAAAGGCAGGCUGCGACGAGAUCUGGGAGAAGAUUUGCCAGGUCCAAGGCAAAGAUCCGAGUGUAGACAUCACCCAGGACAUCGUAGAAGAGAGUGAGGAUGAGAGGUUUGAUGAUGUGACAGACUCCAAUCCCUGGGUGGAGCUGCCCCCCUGUGAGACCGGCAGGCUGGAGGAUAUCAAUGAGGUGAUCAGUAACUGCCUACAUUCGCCGAUUCGCCGGGAGAAGCUUGCCAUCGCGCUGGAAAAUGAGGGAUAUAUCAAGAAGCUGGUCGCCAUCUUCCACAUCUGUGAGGACUUGGAGAACAUCGAGGGGCUCCACAUCCUCUACGAGAUCUUCAAGAACAUUUUCCUGCUCAACAAGAACGCCCUUUUCGAAAUCAUGUUCGCUGAUGACACCAUUUUUGAUGUGGUAGGCUGUCUGGAGUAUGAUCCCUCGAGCCCCUAUCCUCGGAGACAUCGCCAGUAUCUGAAGAGCAUCGCCAAGUUCAAGGAGGUCAUCCCUAUCGCCAACACGGAGCUCCUCAGUAAGAUCCACCAGACCUAUAGAGUCCAGUACAUUCAGGAUGUGGUGUUGCCGACGCCUGCGGUCUUCGAGGAGAAUAUGCUCUCCACACUUUCCUCGUUCAUCUUCUUUAACAAGGUCGAGAUCGUGUCGCUUAUACAGGAGGACGAGCGGUUCCUGAGCGAGCUGUUCCACCAGUUAGGAGCGGUGGAAGAGGAGGUUGCGGUGGAUCGUAGGAGAGAUCUCGUUCUCUUCCUCAAGGAGUUCUGCACAUUCUCACAGACCUUGCAGCCCACAAGCAGGGAGGCAUUCUUCAAGACGCUGAGCAGCCUGGGAGUGUUGUCAGCCCUGGAAAUCACCUUGGCACUGGAAGACCCUGUGAUCAAGUCCUCCUCUGUGGACAUCCUCAGUUACAUAGUGGAGUUCUCGCCCUCUAUGGUCCGAGAAUACAUGCUUCAACAACAGCACAAGGCAGAGGAGGAACAGUACCUUCUCAACAUCAUCAUUGAGCAGAUGGUGGUGGACCCCGACCCUGAGAUGGGGGGGGCAGUGCAAUUGAUGGGCAUUCUCCGGAUCCUCAUAGACCCCGAGAACAUGCUUGCCACGGUCACAAAGUCGGAGCGAGCGGACUUCCUCGCCUUCUUCUACAAACACUCCAUGCACUACCUGGUCGCGCCACUACUAUCCAACACCGUGGGGGACGAGGUGGGCCGGGAGGACUAUCCGAGUGCCCAGCUGUUGGCACUCAUCCUGGAACUCUUGGCCUUCUGCGUCGAGCACCAUUCCUACCACAUCAAGAACUACAUCGUCCAGCGCGACCUUCUCAAGCGGAUCCUCGUCCUUAUGAAGUCCAAACACACCUUCCUCGUGCUCAGUGCCCUGAGGUUCAUGCGGAAGAUCAUAGGCCUACGGGAUGACUUCUACAACAGGCACAUUGUCAAUUCCAACCUUUUCGCCCCUGUCGUCGACGCCUUCGUUCGGAAUGAAGGGCGUUACAACCUCCUGGACUCAGCCAUUAUUGAGAUGUUCGAGUACAUCAAAGUGGAGGAUAUCAAGACACUUUGGAUGAUGGUCGUGGAGCGGUUUGGUGAAGUGCUCGCUCGGGUCAACUAUGUUCAGACCUUCCAAGCUCUCCGGCUGCGUUACGACCAGCACCAAGACAGACUGAGGGAUAGAGAGAGAGCCAGCUCGCUCGACGGGGUUGGAGGUGUUGUCCGAGGCAGCGGAGGAGGAGGAGGAGGAGGGGCAACAGGAGGAGGAGGAGGAGGAGGAGGAGGAGGAAGAUUCAGAAGAGACCUCCGGGACCUGGAAGAGGAGGAAGAGAUAUGGUUCAACAAUGAGGAGGAAGACAUGGAGGGAGGAGGAGGAGGAAGAGGAGGAGGAGGAGGGGAGGGAGGAGGGGCGACCAUUCUCCCCAGCCUGCCCCGGGACCCUUCUACAGUUUUCCCUCCCGUAAUAGACAAGGCCGAGAAGGAGGCCUCGUCCCCACCCUCACCGCCCUCGCCCGGGAAAGUCGCAGCGUCCAACAACAACAACAACAACAACCUGACAACCACAACAGCAGCUACCACAACUACCACAACCACCACCACCACCACUGCCACCUCCCCAACCACUAUAGGAGCCAGUAUCACUACCAACACGAUUUCUACCGCAAGCGUACCAUCUACCACCACAUCUACCACAUCUACCAUCGCCAACCUGAGGGACAUCAUCGGACUGUCCCCAAGUGUUAGUAGUAGUUGUGGUAGUAGCUCCCCGCCCCCCCCUACCACUACUACCACUACUACAUCUACUACUGUGUCUACUUCUGCUCCUGUGGUGUCUACCCCAACCACGACUACCACCUCAGCUGUUGCAACCACACCGCAACCACCCAGGAAAAAGGUCAGUCUGGUUGCCUAUGAUGAAAAUUCUGAUGAAGAAGAGGAAGAAGAGGAGGAGGAAGAGGACCAGGAGGAAGAAGAGGAGGAGGAGGAGGAAGAGGGAGGAGGAGGAGGAGGAGGAGGAGGAGGAGGACCACAAGUUAAGCGAGCAAGAUUGUCCGUGGAAUGAGAGAGAGAGAGUGAGCGAGUCUCUCUCUCUCUCUAUCUCUCUCUCUCUCUAUCUCUCUAUCUCUAUCUCUCUCUCUAUCUCUCUAUCUAUCUCUCUAUC